ACUCUUCCGCUGGAGCCCGAGGACUCGUGUGAAAAGUCAAAAGGUGAAGUGGCCAGUGCGUGUGAUAGUGAGAGUGCUGUGUUUAGCGACAGUGUCGGGGACGGAGGCACUGUGGUUCUGGUAGGCAUCACUAAAGGCCUCUGUUUGUUUCAGAUACGAGAUGAGGUCGUUGUGGUUAUUAGCGGCGUUGUGCUGCUUAGUGAUCUCGGCUUACGCGAGCCCCAUCAAGGUCGCGGAUGGAAAUGAGAAGGAGUCGGGCAGGCAGGCGGCCCCGGCCGCGGCGCCGGCGGCCACCGACGACGAUGACGACGACGAUGAUGAUGAUGACGACGAUGAUGAUGGCCUAGACAUUGGAGUCGACGACGAUGACGACGACGACGAUGACGAUGAUGAUGCUGAAGAAGCGGACGAUGAUGAAGAUGACGACUACUUAGAAAGAUUCUUCGAUGACAUUCUAGGAGGAGAAGACGAUGACGAUGAUGACGACGAACCAUCAGGCGUACAAGCGAUCGUACCCGCAGCUGAUGUCGCCGCAGCUGCUCCAGCAGCCGCGGCCGCUGCCGCCGCGUCCGUCGAGGAAGGCGCCGUAGGUUCCGAGGAAGGCGAGAUCGCCGGAAACGAGGCUCUCCCCGAAGGCGAGGAGCCGGAGGGCGGACAGAGGGAACCCGCGAGCGCGGAAGUCGAAGCGCCCGUAGCCGCCAGUUCCGAAGUCGCCGCGGCCGCCGCCGAGGUUGAAGACGACGACGAGGAGGAGGACGAGGACAUCACCGACGCGCUAGAACCCGAGGACGAUGAUGAUGAAGAUGAUGACGAUGACGAUGAUGACGACGACGAUGAUGAUGACAUUUCGGACGCCCUCGGCAGGAACAUCUCCAAGCACUCACGUGCUUUAUCGGACGAACCAGAAAAGAAACAAGUAGUACCCGCAGUUUAUAUCACGAAAUAUAACAAAUUCGUCGACAAUAUACUCGAGAAAAUGAACGAAAUAUUGAGACGUUCGUACGAUCCCGUCAGCGUCAAGCUACAACCGAUCGACGCGAGCAAGAAGAAGUCGAAACCGAAGAAGAAUAAGACGAAAUCGAAGAAGAAAUCUUCAAACAAGAAGAAGACCUCCGCCCGCGGAACUGUACCUGAAAUAAAAAAUGAAAAUAAAAUUCCUGAACAAAAUAAUGAAGUGAAAACUGAAGAAAAAGUGAAGGAAGAAUUAAACAAUAUCGCAACUGAAAAUGUAGCAUCUGAAUCUAGGGAAUUGAAAGAAAAUAACAGGAACGAAAGGGCGAAAGCAAAAGCAACCACUGCAAAGCCAACACCAAAGCCAAAACCUCCUAAGACUACUGCUAAGCCCAAACCAAAGCCACCAGCAAAAACUACGACUAAGAAGCCAGCGAAAACAACUAAUAAAAAUAAGGUCAAAGCAGGAGAAAAGAGCAAGCCAAGAGCUAAGGGCACUUUAUAUGGGCUGUCUUCAUUGAGAAGAAAUGGUGAUGUUGCAGUCAGUAUUAGCUCAGACUACACCACGAUAAAAAGCAAUUUCCAAGUUGGGCCGCUGAUAUUAAGAGUGGAAAAGGAGGUUGGUCGUGGCGCUAAAAAAGAACUGAAGUCAGCAACUGCCACAACGGCAGAGAUGUCUGGUAAAAUCACACUACGUGUCAACAAUGAAGGCGUGGCUACGUUACAUUCCAUCAAAGUUUUACAACCAAAGCAGGUUCGCGUGGAUAGCAACCACGAAAGAACCCGCGAGUUGGUUUGGCAACGCAGUGCAAGGAUAGCACACGUCGUAUCAGAAAAACUCAAGUCCGCCUCCAAACCUAUGUUUCAGACGCAGAAAGUAGUGAGACAGUAA